AGCAAGAUAAUGUAAGGAUUAAAGUAGGGGAGGAGAUAUCAAAACGCACAAACAGCAGAGAUAGAAGGGCCAUUGCCGAGAAAGACAGACACGGACAACUAUUCGACAAGAUCUCUAGAGCAAGGACUCUUUUACCUUGUGAUUGGAAGCGCUACAGUGCAGCUUAUGUUUUGUGGAAGCAUUUCUGAAAGGUGCACUACUUGGUGGAUGUGGGCAGGGAUACAGAUUCACUGCAACCUGUCUGUGAGGAACAUCACAAUAUCAGUGUGAAGUCAACCACAGAGCCAAAAUGACGGCUGCCACGAGACUAUUGGACGAGAUGUGCCAUCUCACGGCCCAGUCGCUUACAUCACUGGAGACCUCGGACCACUUCCAGGUGGUCAAGAUGUUAGGGGAGGGGUCGUACGGGAAGGUCAUGUUGGCUGUACAUCGGAAAAGAGGUAAACUAUGGAUCUGUUUUAAUCCUAACCCCAGUUUGCCUGGCCUCAUAUCUCCAGAAUGUCUUUCUUUCUUUUGUUCUGAUCACUUUUCUCUCUUUCCCUUCCCUCAAGGAACUCCAAUGGCCCUGAAGUUCUUUCCUCGUGAUUCCACAAAUCUCUUCUCCUUUUUGCGAGAGUAUAACCUCUCCCUCUCCUUCUGCACCCACCCGUCCCUGACCAAGGCCCUGGGCAUUGCCUUCUCCACCCCCUCACAUUACGUUUUCGCCCAGCAAGCCAGCCUCUUCGGUGAUCUAUACGACGUCAUUGUCCCUGAGGUGGGUGUGGAGGAGGACUGUGUCCAGAGGGUGGUUUCCCAGCUGUGCGGUGCCCUAACCCACCUCCACUCCCUAGGCUUCGUCCACCGUGACGUCAAGCCCGAGAACAUCUUCCUGGUCGACGCUGCCUGCCGCUGGGUCAAACUGGGCGACUUCGGCAUGGCCAAGGCCACGGGAACCAAGGUACCCGGUGUGUGGUACAGUUCUGCUUACUGUACGCCCGAGGCAGAGAUAGCGAAGGAGUCGGAGGAUAGUAGGCAUAAUACUGCAUCAAAACCUGAUGGAGGAAACGGGUUGGACAACAAGAUCAAGAGGGUGUGGGUGUCGGUGGAGGUCAGUACAGACUGCUGGGCCUUGGGGAUCCUCAUCUACGCCAUGCUGACUGGCAGUCUACCCUGGACGCAGACCGCGUCCGAUGACCGCUCGUACAUCAAGUACCAAGAGUGGUUUGACCAGCAAGAUGGUCAGGACGACGAACUAGACCUAUGGGGGGAAGGAAAAGACGAGGACAUCAUGAGGAGUUUGGAUGAAGACAAGCCGAAUCGGAGCAAGAGAAAAUCCCAUCCGGUCGCCCCCCAGUUUGCCUGUUUCACCCCACUGGCCAGUUCCCUUUUCCUGUCACUACUUCACCCGCAGCCUAGGCUUCGCGGUAAGCCCGGCGAUGUGCUGGGCUACCUUGGAGGAGACUGGUUGCAGGUGAAGGAAAAGAUACAGCUGGAGGAGGAGAGGAAGAAAAUGAGAGGGCGAGAGGUCAUCAGGAACGAGACAGAGAGGGAGGGAAGGGGAGAGGGAUAAAGGAGUGGCGACACACGAUCAUGAACUCACAAACUCAGAGGUGAAAGAGAAAAUAUUUUUUGGACCUUCCAGAAGACAAUACAGUGGGGCAAAAAAGUAUUUAGUCAGCCACCAAUUGUGCAAGUUCUCCCACUUAAAAAGAUGAGAGAGGCCUGUAAUUUUCAUCAUAGGUACACUUCAACUAUGACAGACAAAAUGAGAAAAAAAAUCCAGAAAAUCACAUUGUAGGAUUUUUUAUGAAUUUAUUUGCAAAUUAUGGUGGGAAAUAAGUAUUUGGUCAAUAACAAAAGUUUAUCUCAAUACUUUGUUAUAUACCCUUUGUUGGCAAUGACAGAGGUCAAACGUUUUCUGUAAAUCUUCACAAGGUUUUCACACACUGUUGCUGGUAUUUUGGCCCAUUCCUCCAUGCAGAUCUCCUCUAGAGCAGUGAUGUUUUGGGGCUGUUGCCGGGCAACACGGACUUUCAACUCCCUCCAAAGAUUUUCUAUGGGGUUGAGAUCUGGAGACUGGCUAGGCCAUUCCAGGACCUUGAAAUGCUUCUUACGAAGCCACUCCUUCGUUGCCCGGGCGGUGUGUUUGGGAUCAUUGUCAUGCUGAAAGACCCAGCCAUGUUUCAUCUUCAAUGCCCUUGCUGAUGGAAGGAGGUUUUCACUCAAAAUCUCACGAUACAUGGCCCCAUUCAUUCUUUCCUUUACACGGAUCAGUCGUCCUGGUCCCUUUGCAGAAAAACAGCCCCAAAGCAUGAUGUUUCCACCCCCAUGCUUCACAGUAGGUAUGGUGUUCUUUGGAUGCAACUCAGCAUUCUUUGUCCUCCAAACACGACGAGUUGAGUUUUUACCAAAAAGUUAUAUUUUGGUUUCAUCUGACCAUAUGACAUUCUCCCAAUCUUCUUCUGGAUCAUCCAAAUGCUCUCUAGCAAACUUCAGACGGGCCUGGACAUGUACUGGCUUAAGCAGGGGGACACGUCUGGCACUGCAGGAUUUGAGUCCCUGGCGGCGUAGUGUGUUACUGAUGGUGGGCUAUGUUACUUUGGUCCCAGCUCUCUGCAGGUCAUUCACUAGGUCCCCCCGUGUGGUUCUGGGAUUUUUGCUCACCGUUCUUGUGAUCAUUUUGACCCCACGGGGUGAGAUCUUGUGUGGAGCCCCAGAUCGAGGGAGAUUAUCAGUGGUCUUGUAUGUCUUCCAUUUCCUAAUAAUUGCUCCCACAGUUGAUUUCUUCAAACCAAGCUGCUUACCUAUUGCAGAUUCAGUCUUCCCAGCCUGGUGCAGGUCUACAAUUUUGUUUCUGGUGUCCUUUGACAGCUCUUUGGUCUUGGCCAUAGUGGAGUUUGGAGUGUGACUGUUUGAGGUUGUGGACAGGUGUAUUUUAUACUGAUAACAAGUUCAAACAGGUGCCAUUAAUACAGGUAACGAGUGGAGGACAGAGGAGCCUCUUAAAGAAGAAGUUACAGGUCUGUGAGAGCCAGAAAUCUUGCUUGUUUGUAGGUGACCAAAUAUUUAUUUUCCACCAUAAUUUGCAAAUAAAUUCAUAAAAAAUCCUACAAUGUGAUUUUCUGGGAAUUUUUUUCUCAUUUUGUCUGUCAUAGUUGAAGUGUACCUAUGAUGAAAAUUACAGGCCUCUCUCAUCUUUUUAAGUGGGAGAACUUGCACAAUUGGUGGCUGACUAAAUACUUUUUUGCCCCACUGUACUUAUCCUCUGAUGUGUCACAUUGGUGCUUAAAAAGACAUUGUACAGUAUAUAAUACCACUACAGUUGCACUUACUGUAAGAUAAAUAUCCAUCAAGUCAUUGUUGAUACUGGAUAGCAUUUGGGGAUAGACACAGCUGCAAUUGGCUACUUUAGGGACUUGUAAGCACUUUACAAUUAUCAUUUCGAUGUUUUCAAUCUAGUAAAUUCUAAGUGUGACUUGAUGAUGGUGUUUCUGUAUUCU